AUGUCGAUAGCUAAAUGCACCGCGUCAAAAUGCUCGAGCUCCGCGCGUGAUCGCGAGGUGUUUAGGCGAAGAUACUACCUGCCCCCUACGGUCCCUGAUCCGGACGUCUGCUCCCUGGAGCCCGGAGAGGAAACCAUUAUCCAGACGACCAAGAAAGCUUCCAGCGACCCGACCCUGACGGCCUUCGCCCAGCUGGGAUGUCUGCGGAUCGACUGCAAACGGGGGAUCAUUGUCUUAUCCACCCGGCGAACGGAGUACAUACUGGCCGAGGCAACCCGGGAGCUGAGCUUGCAGCAGGACAACGAUGAGAGCGAUCGGCUAUGGCAUGGAGAGGGUGCGAUUCUUAAUCCCAAGUCGGACGAGGUAGGAGGGGAGCUACGCAGGUUUUUCGAGGCGCCUGACGCGCCUGCUAUUAUGCUCUGCGCCGACAUGACCAAGGAUGAUCGGUUCAAAGAUUCCGCGGUGGUUACCGGACCUCCAUAUAUAAAAGCGAUCGCUUGCGUGCCCCUCAUUUCCCCGCUGCACAACAUGGUCGUGGGUCAUUACAUUGUGGUAGAUGACAAGGUUCACGAGGAACUGGACGAGGGGGAGCAGCAGUUCAUGUUGGAUAUGGCGACCACGGUGAUGGAUUAUCUGGAGUCUGGGCGGAUCAAGAGGCAGCAGUACCGAGCUGAGCGCAUGAUCAAAGCGAUCGGGCUGUUUAUCGAAGGGAAGGCGACCUUGAGAGAGUGGUGGCUGGAGACGGGACAUAAAUACCAGCAUGCGGCAUUGAGGAAACGCUCUUUACAGGAUGGCACCCCUCUUGCCCGACAGGCCGAUAUAGAGUUUGGGGUUCAAGAAACAACGGACUACUUCACGAGGAAUGGAUUGAAUAUAUUGCCAGAUAGCACUUUGAGGACUUCUGCUGCACUCAGGUAUCCAUCUUCUGUCUCGGUAUCUACGACCGACCGAGUGGAUAGGGAGCUUGGAGAUGGGAGACCUCCAGUUCCGAGAAAUGAUACAAACGACUCGGAUCGCACAACACCUAGUUCAGCACCUACAUCCGCACCUCGAGAUCCGACGCCAGCACGUCGAGGAGACGGACGACCGCAAAUCCCAAGAGAAAACACGGUCAGCUCCUCAGGGGAUACUAGCGCCGUACCACCAACCUCAGUAUCUCAAUCAUGCCGCGACCGGAAUAGCUCUGUGACUACCUUCGACGAGACCUUGACUGAUCACACCCCGGAUCUGGAGAGACACACCUCCGUUUCGUUCGACCUCCCAGCUGAUCCUGUACCCCCCGAAGUUUCCAAAGACUUGCAAAACGCCCUUCUGUCAUCUGACGUAAAGGGCGUCUUCGCCCGCGCCAGCAACCUUAUCCGAGAAGCAAUUGGGGUCGAAGGCGUGAUUUACUAUGAUGCCAGUGUUGGUUCGUUUGGUGGCCGUUCCAGGAAAGAAGUCGUGGAAGAUAAAGCUCCGGGUCUAUUUCAUGCUGAUCCACCUUUUGGGGACCAAGUAGCUACGAGUGAAGACGAUCUCGCGCGACAAUCCUCUGGUGCGGAAGGCGAGUUCGAGAAACCAGCUGCAGUGGAAGAGAACGGCACAGGGAAGUACUGCAAUAUACUUGGAUUUAGUACUCGUCGUCGCUCUUCUCUGAAGGGUCACGAUGUCUAUGAAGAGCGCAGGAGAAUGCCGGAAGCGGUGUUGAGAAAAUUGCUCAAGCGAUAUCCCCACGGGAAGGUCUUCAAUUUCGACGAGGAUGGCACGUACUCGUCUAGCGAUUCUGAUCACUGCCACCCCUCUACCAAUGUGGAAGAAGCUCUAGGAAGUCCCCAAACUGCCAGACACGUCCCAGAGGCUUCUCGUCGACAUCGUAUCUCCAGAGAACAAGAAGCUGCAGAGAUUCUGAAGGUCUUGCCUGGUGCACGGAGCGUCUUUUGGUUUCCGCUCUGGGAUGCCACUCGUGAGAGAUGGUUCGCCGGCUCCUUCAUCUGGUCCACGUCUGGUACCCGCACUCUGUGUCCUACGGAGGAUAUAACUUACCUAGCGGCUUUCGGCAACAGCACGAUGGCGGAAAUCUCUCGACUUUCGGCUCAGGUGUUGUCGAAGAUGAAGACCGACUUCAUAUCCAGCAUUUCCCACGAGCUUCGCUCUCCGCUGCACGGGGUGUUGGCCAGCGUGGAGUUCCUCCAGGAGACACCCAUGACGGAGACACAGGCGGAGAUGGUCAGUAAUAUCCAUUCUAGUGGGAAGGUCUUACUAGAUACCAUCAAUCACGUUCUUGAUUUCUCGAAAGUAAACCGGAAGACGAAGAAUAGAAAGAUGCCGAAGAGACGUCUGAAGCGGGUGGAGAGACAGGGGAGCGCUGAAGAAGGCAGCGAGGAGAAGGCAGAUGUCUGCGUAUUGUCCGAAGAGGUCAUCGAGAGUAUCUAUGCAGGGCAAGGUGUAAGCAAGAAGGCGUUGGGCCUGGCUGGUCAUCGUCGACAUGGUUCGGCGGCAACCACGGAGCCUGCAGUCACUGUGAUCGUUGACAUCCAAUGGCGGCCGAACUGGACAUUCGAAGUCGAUGCCGGCGCCUGGCGACGAAUUCUCAUGAAUCUCUUUAGCAACGCGAUGAAAUAUACGAAAGCAGGUUUCAUCAAUAUAUGCCUCGAAAUCGAAGAGGACGUGGCGUCUCACCGCAAGAAAUCGCGUGCGAAUCUCGUGUUGAAGCUUAAGGAUUCCGGCAAGGGCAUCUCGCGGGAAUUCUUGAACCAUCAGCUGUACAAGCCUUUCACACAAGAGGACUCUCUGGCCACUGGUACGGGUCUCGGGCUGAGUAUCGUCAAAGCGAUCAUCCAGGAUUUGGGGGGCAAAAUCGGCUUUACCAGCGAGCCGGGAACCGGUACUGAGGUCACUGUUCGGAUACCUUUGCAAGAGCGUUCACCCAAGCGUGGAAGCUUGAAGGUUCUCAACGAAGUGCGGGCGAGCGUGCAAGGACACAGAUUCCGGCUGGAAGGCUUCGACAGAUAUCCAGAUAUCGCAGAGACGCCAACUGGUAUUCUCUCUCCGGACACUGAGGGGGCGAUGCUGCUUAAAUCGGCAGUCCAGGAUACGCUGGUCGACUGGUACGGCAUGGAAGCUGUCACGAGUUCUGGGGCCGACUCUCCUAUCGCGGAUCUGGUUGUUGUGAUGGAAGCGGGUAUGGGCGACCAAUCUCUGGACCAGGUCUUGAAUAGUCACUACGAUCACCAUCCGAAACACGAUGGAAGGGCUGUUGCGAUUGUGCUCACGAGUUCGUAUCAUUCUGAGCCGAGGGCAGAUGCUCAUCAACAUUUCCGGAUCUUCUACCUCCAGCAGCCAAUUGGAAAGAUCCUGAACCAAGCCUUCUGCGAGACGCCCGACGACCGCCUCGUGGAAUCCUCAAUCAGCCCGCCCCGCCAAACACUUACGCUACGCAGAAGCCCCUUGAGCCCAAUGGAGAACCAAAUCCGAGCACAAGAGCACCCGGCCGUCACCCCCGAUACCCCGAUGACGCCCGGGUUCACAGCCGCUCAGCUGCAAAUCUCUGAUCGAAUGGCUACGAACGGCGAAUCACCUGUUAAGAAAGAGGAAGCCGGAGGCUUCAGGGUGCUACUGGUAGAGGACAACGAGAUUAACCUCAAGCUCCUGAUCGCUACGAUGCGGAAACUGAAGCUGGAUCAUGCGACUGCAGUCAAUGGGCUCGAAGCGCUGAACUCGUACAAGGAAUGCGCGGGGGCUUUCGAUGUGAUCUUUAUGGAUAUCUCCAUGCCGAUCAUGUCGGGCAUCGAGUCAACAAGGCAGAUCCGCCGCUUCGAGCAGGAGUCCGGCCUGCAGCCGGUCGCUGUCAUCGCGCUCACGGGCGCGGCGAACCCCCGUACCCGACAGGAGGCGUUUAGUGUGGGCGUUGAUCUGUUUCUGACGAAGCCAGUACCGAUGAAGGCGUUGAGGGGCAUGCUAGAGGAUGUGAAGAGGGAGGGACGGGCGGCGUUUGUUGGGUAA